CUCUCUCUCUCUCUCUCUCUCUCUCUCUCUCUCUCUCUCUCUCUCUAUACCUUUCGUGUUAUUCGGCUAUCAGUCUAUCCGCACGAUCUCUCUAUUAAUAAUAACGACGAGAGCGUCGCGAUAACGACGAAUCGUUGGCCAGACAUCGGCCACGCUGUGAGAUCUCGAAGAAUCGAGGUCUCGAUUGCGAGAGAGCGAUACCAGUGACCAUCCCGGUAUCACACAACGCGUCGGAUAAAUAUGCCAUACUCGUGGCGACCUUGAAGAGUCUCUUCGGAUCCUCACAGUCGGAAGAUCAACGAACUCGACAUUUUUGGCGACACGAGUGCCGAAAGGGUUCCGCCGCGGCUGGUCGUCACGCGAGCGACCUUGACGGUCCUCAAUGUCGGGAUCGUAGCGCGCAAUUGUCCAGGACUUGGAAGGAUGUCGGACGACUUGGAUGGUUCGCGGGAGGAGCAUGACUCGCAUGGGAGUAGCAACGCGUUCAUAUCAGUGUCGCCGAGGAAGACUUAGUCUCGCCGGGGUGUUUAAUGAUCGGCCACGGCGACAAUGAAGCGUGCCACGAGCGCAUCCGUCGCGGCCGCAACGGCCGCCGCGACGCAGGUGCACCAUCAGACCAGGAUCCCGGAGCUCUUCGCUCCAGGAUCGAUGGCGGCAAUGACGACGACGAUAACGACGACGACGACGAUGACGACGGUGACGACGACGACGACGAUGAGCAGCGCGAACACGACGAUCAACAGUGGAACGUCGGCGUUUGCUGAUGAGCAGGAUAGGCAAGCCGCGACGACGAUAUCCUCUUGGCUCGAGCCGAAGGGCUCGCCGAAGGGCAGCCCCGGAAGUGGUGACGACAGCAAAGCCAAAUCCACGGCCAUGUCGCGAUUAUUAGCCGUCGAUUCCGACAACUACAUGCUGCGCAAGGGUGCCGCUGCGGCUGCGGCAGCUGCAGCGGCGGCGGCGGCGGCGGCAGCAACGGCGACGGUGACGACGGCUACGAGCAACGGUGCCGCGGUGUCGUCCACCACCUCGCCGUCGUCCGCGCCAUCGUUGAACGGCUCGUCGAGUGUGCAGUUGCAGCGGCAGAUCCUCGUGUACGGCAACGGCACGACGGCCGACCACGUCGGUCAGUUGUACGACGUCGCGCGGGCGACGUCCAGGUCGUCGGCGAGUCACGCGUCACCCAGGUGGUACGCUGCUGCUGCUGCUGCUGCUGCUGCUGCUGGUAAUAAUAACCAAGUGACGCCGGUGGUCGCCUCGGCGACGAGGCAGCACCGAGAGGGAGCAACGGCGCAACUCGAGGAGCAGUCACAGCAGCAACAGCAGUCACAGCAGCAGCAACAGUCACAGCAGCAGCUGCAACUGCUGCCACGAGCGGCGGCGACGCGCGGUGAUGCGACGCCCGCGUCGUCGGACGGCGUCGAGAGCGAGCUCGGGUUUAUCACGUGCGCGAGACCGGUGUCCUUUCAUCGGCACAUGUGUUGGUGCGGUGCGCAGCAGCAGCUGCAGCAGCUUACCGUGACGGAAGACGUCGACGCGAACUCGAUCGCUGGCGGUCGCGCCAAGAUUAGGGCCGCGGCCACCUUCGAAGGGCUGGCCGCGGCCACGCGGCGAAUGGUGCGCGACGAUAACAGUCUAUGUUGCUGCAUGUGUGGUUCUCUAUGUCCCGCAGAGUGCCAUGCGUGCUUCCACGUCGUAUGCUCGGACUACAGUGGCCAGCAUCUGUGCCAAUGGAGUACCAAGGGUCACGCGUUGCCGGGCCAGGUUCACGACGAAGACAAGCCCGUCAGUGAAUGGACGUCAUUAAAUGUCGUUGAAUGGAUGUCAGCCCUAAACUUGUACCGCUAUGCGGACGUCUUCAAGUCGAAGGACAUCAAAGGCAGCGAUCUGCUUCAUCUGGAUCGGGAGAAGCUCAUGAAUAUGGGUAUAAAGGAUGAGUUCCACCAGAAGAACAUUUUGGUGUGUAUCGAGGAGCUUUGCCAGCCGUCGCCUCCGCCUCCGGUGGCGACGGAAACUACGGGCUCGACGACGCCCGGCGUCGCCGUGGACUCGGGUUGCCCCCUCGGAGUUAGUUAUCCGGGCAACAACGCGACCAAUAAUGCGCACAAUCUCGUGCCGCACAGUUUCAGCGUGCUGGAGAAGUGCGACAAAUGCCAUAAAUACCUCAGGGGUCUCUUACAUCAAGGCUUUCUCUGCCAAGAUUGCGGACUGGUCUCACACAGGACGUGCUCGGCGACGGGUUUGCCUGCCAAUUGCAUCUCAGCCGACUCGGACAAUCGUAUCGGCAGGUUUACUUCGGUGUUCGGUCUCGCGUUGUGCUCGCAAUUCGACAUUGCCAGCCGUACGGCGCCGAUUCUGGUGGAACGAUGUACCCGCGCCCUCGAAGAGCAGGCCUUCGCCGACACGACGUUGGACCUCUACAAAGUUUACCACAGCAGCCCGCCUAAUGAACAGACUCUCGAGCUGCGACAAAAGCUGAACGAAGAUGUCUGCAACGCGGAUCUGAGUCCCUACACCCCACAGUGCAUCGCGAGUGUCUUGAAGAAAUUUUUACGGGAGUUACCAGAUCCAGUGAUUCCUGUGCAAUGGUACGAUAGGUUUCUGGAGGCGUCGAAUAUGAGGAGCGAUGAACAAUGCGCGACCCGUCUUAGUCAAUUAGUAGCAGAGCUUCCGGAACAUCACCGCAGCACAUUGUUCCACUUGAUGGCGCACUUUUGUCGCAUCUGCCAGCUGCAGCACGGCCGGGGUUAUACGGAACCACCGACCAUCCUCGUGCAAGUGCUGUGUCACAUAUUUCUUAGGCCGCCUUGGGAGCGAAUCAUUCAAGUUGUCCACAACACGGAGGCGCAUAUACGUAUAAUGGAAUUGCUAUUGCUGCACGGCGAUUGGAACGAGAGGCUACCGGAGUUUGCUAGCCCGCCUCAAUUACCUCCGCGCAAAGUUUCGAGACCACAGUUUCCGAUUAUGGAUCCAUACCCAGUUCCCGAGGAUGAAGCCGUAGACAGAUCGGCACCUGGCACGGAUACUAGCAAGGACCAACAGACACACAGGCCGCGCACUCUUCAAGAAGCUGAGUGGUAUUGGGGUGACAUCACGAGAGACGAGGUAAAUGAAAUGAUGGUCGAUUCGCCAGACGGUACCUUUCUAGUGCGGAAUGCGUCUUCCAAAGGCGGCGAGUAUACUUUGACGCUACGUAAGGGCGGCACCAAUAAGCUCAUCAAGAUCAGUCAUCGGAAUGGAAAAUACGGAUUCUCGGAUCCUUACAACUUUCAUUCGGUCAUCGAGCUAGUCGAUUACUAUAGAAACUGCUCCCUUGCGCAGUACAACUCUGUGCUGGAUAUCAAACUGCUUUACCCAGUGACACGAUGUCAGCAGGAUGACGAGAUUGCCAACACGACCGACAUAGCGAAAGUGGUGCAAAAGUUCGUAGAGCUGGAAAAGGAGAUAACAGAUACCAUACGACAAUAUCAGAAUUGUUCAGAUUUGUACAGUAAAACGGCCUACGAAGUCCAAUUGAAGCGUCAGGCAUUGGAAGCCUUUUCAGAGGCCAUUAAGAUGUUUGAGGAACAGAUGAAACUACAAGAAAAAUUCCAGAAGGAAGCCCAACCCCAUGAAAUUUCUACUUUGACAGAUAACGCAGAACUGUUGAAGCGAAGAUUAAAGUCUUUGGAAGACAGCAAGGAGCAACUAGACGAGAGCCUAAAGCAACAGGUCGCUUACUACAGAACUCUUGAGAGAGAAAUGUACAAGUUGAAGUCGGAGAUCGGGCAGCUCGCGCGGCAAAAGGAUCGCCAUUCUCUAUGGUUGAAGAAGAACGGGAUGAAGCAGAAUAAGAUCAAUCAGCUUGUCUUGAAUCACUCGCAUACAAAUUCUAUUGUCGGCGAAGUGCCUUAUGGUGAUCUUCAAGAGGUCGACCUUGAGGUCCACUCCGACGAGAAGACGUGGCUAUACUUGAAGGGUUCUCGUUGCGACGCCGAUCACAUUCUAAUGGGCCGGCCCGACGGUACCUUCCUGGUUCGCCGGUCAAGGACAGGCCAAUACGCACUUUCCAUAAUGUGCAGCGGCACAGUACAGCACUGCAUAAUAUAUGCUACCGAACGCGGCUACGGUUUCGCCGAGCCAUACAACAUCCACGAGAGUCUGAAGCAUUUGGUGCUGCACUACGCUCAGAACUCUUUGGAGGAGCACAAUGAGUGUCUGACCACUACUCUGGCCUAUCCAGCGUUCGCUACGUCGACAGCGCUCGCACAACUCCAGGCUCAGCACGUGCAAUUCCAGAUGCACACGCAGAACCAAUUGCAGUUCGCGCGACCCCACGAGAAUCAGCUCGUCGUGCCGCAUACGUAAUAUCUACUCGCCCUGCAUCGCGAUCAAGGUCCGAUGGAGUACGUUUGUGCACGUGUGCGCAUUCACACGUGAGUCCCUCCGAGCAUUACGCGCCGAUCGUCCAAAACGCUCCUCAUUCGGGACGUUCCUCUCAUGAUCGCGUAUUACGAUUACGCGUAUGUCACAGUCCUAGAAAACUACAUUGUGCGAAUGUCGACAUUUUGAUAGUGCGCGAUCGACCAUGCGCGCGCCGGUCGAUCACUUAUCAUCGAGUGAUAGAUAAGUCUCGAAAUAAUGUGUAGCAGUCGUUAAUGCGAUAAUAAUCGUAAGAGAUAUUAGCGGUAGAAUUAGAUAUGUACGGGUUACCGCGGUACGGUAACGAUCGCUUCGACUAACGCAGAGGUUCCCAAACGGCACGUCGCGGACACUUAUUCAAAGAGAUGAGAUUCUUGUCCGCGAGAGGACGCUGAAGUGAAAAACGAGUUUCUUCGUAUGCCCGACAGAACUCGUAACAACGAAUUCAAAGCUCGGAAGUUAAUUCCAAGAAAAAACGACAUUUUUAUAGGAUAUAUUUACCGGCUGUUAAAUAUAAUUAAAAGAUAUUCAAACAUUUUUUAUUGGACAUUUAGAGAUAAUUUGAGAACGUAAAUACGAUUAGAUUUAAUUUCGUAAAUAUGUAAGGAAGAUGGGUAAACGUGGGACGAGAUCGACUUGGAUAUACAUUGACUUUCACGUCAUGUAAUUAUUACUAUCAGUAACAGAUGACUACUAUUGAGAGGUCCGAAUGUGCCGGACAUAUGGCCCUAUUUGUAUCCACGUUUACCUAUUUCAACGUUACUGUAGUAUUUGGGGAAGGUGUCGAAGAGGAGACGCAAAGAAUGUAUAUGUGUUGGAUUCAAAGAGCUGUUGGACUAAGAAGGCUCGGGAACCUCUGGACUAAUAGGACCAACACCAAUAUGAAUGUCACCAACACUUCCUCAGGAUUUAACGGCGCGGAGGAUCUUGUCGAAGCUCCGCGCCGGAACUAUAGUGGAAUGGUGGCGAAUCUACCGCGACCGAUUUUGUUCUGCAAGAAGAGAUAAUGUGUUUUGAGAUCUUAACGUUCGUUGUCGCACAGAAUCGAUCCGCUCGGAAACGUUCGGGAACGGAAUCCGAUCGGAAACAUUAGAGCCAGAAGAAUGCAUGUCCGGGGGCCAGCAGUGCAGGCCAUGCUUCGUUCGCCUCGAAUGCAGUUUACGUUGUUCAGGUAAUCAGGGUAGUCGUGUCUCGUACGUUUAACCUUUAAUAGUCUGAAUUUUAUCUAGAAAAAAAGAAAUCGGCGAAAAUCUAGAAUCUCGUCGAAAUCACUGCAGCUCGAUAAAUGAAAAUUAUUAGUGUUUACACUAUUAUAAGUGGUGCCUAUUACGUCGAUAUGUUUUGUGAAAUAUCCAUGAAUAGUGAUUCUCAUAAUUCUUCAUGUGACAAGUUAAUCUAUAUUACGUGUUACCAUGUGUCUGUGGCGAUUGCAUGUUCUAUAAUAUAUAUGCUUUGCUCCUCUUAUAAAAUUUUCGCAUAAGAUUUUCACGUAAAACCAAUUUACCGUGUAAUUUGCAACGCGAUACGAUUACAUCAAGACUCUUAAGGGUUAAACGUAAUCACUCGAAUAAAAUUGGAAAACUAUCGCGUCCUCGUUGCUUAAAAUUCCCCGCGUUGGUGCAGCGUUGUUUGUGCAAGCGUCGCUUAGAAGGUCGAAGAGCUCGUUAAAAGACAAAAAUGUUGCCAUUCGCCCGACGAAGGGGGACUUAGUUUUCAUUAAAUUUCAUUAGUGAUAUUAGAGUACGUCCAGAGUUUCCAAGUACCCGCGACGUAUUGUUUUAGUACCGCUUUGUAAUAACCGAAGAGUGGUCGCAAGAAUCUGGCAGGCCCAUUUACUCGAAAAAAAUGUUAAAAGCUAUUAUCGAUAUUGACGUAAAUAUCGAUAUAUAAUCAAAAGGCAUAAUAUUUUACAUAAAGUUUUUUUUAAAUGUCAAGGCAAAUGUUUUAUUGUUUUCUACACUGUUUUCUACUGUUUUGUCUACUCGCGUCAUAAUCUACCAAAGGUGUGCCAUAUCGUCUGUUGGAACGUACCAUGCUUUAUAUCGUGUUUAUAGCGAUUGAGGAGUUUAUUAUUGAUCUCUGUGUUUGAGUCUAUUAUUCAUUAUUGUGUUUGGUUUCUAUUAUUCCUGUGAAAUGAAUGCAAAAGCAAACCAGUUCGAUUCUUGCAACCAAGUCUUUAAUAGCGAAAGUGAAUCGAGCAUCUUUGUCAGCCUUUCUCGAUCGCGUUCCGCAGCGGAUCGCGACGAAGUCUCGUCGACGAGAGCUUUUUUUAUACAUUAGAUUUCGAAUAUAACGUUAAGGAUAUUUACGUGAAAAAGAUGAUAUAGAUGUAUAUAUGUAAUUUCGGAUUGUGUGUCCAUAAGUGAUUAAGACGGUUAUCGCGUUCGUCAUUUUCGAUUGCCUUCAUCUUCUAAUUUCUUAUCUUCAUUUUCUGGUUUCCCUCUUUUCUAUUGCAUCUUUUUUAUCGAGAUUUAAAUAUAAAUGAGCUUUCUUUUCUGAGCAAAAAGUUGUGCUGCGUGAUCCUCGCGAUCGAUGCGUCAAGUCGGCCUUUCUUGCUCGAGCACGCCGGGAUCUGUUCCGAAUGAUCUCAACAGAGUGGUAGAUGAAAGUAGAAAAUAAAGAAUGAAGAAUACGAAAUAUUAAUGUGUGGCACGAAAUGUAAUAGGCUAGAUCGUAAGGAAUAGUGAUCAAGUUCAAGUUUGAUCACGAAGCAUAAUAUGUUUCUGCAAAUAGGAUUGAUCAGAAAUAAUAGAAAGAUCGCAAUGUCAACGUAGGAAACAUGUGCUCCUUAUUCGUUUCAUUGUCCAUAGAUGGAGCGUUCGCUAUUUUUUGCCAAAAAAAUCGCAUAUCUCUUAUAUUUUCUUUCAUGAUAUUCAAAUUCUGUUUCUUUGUUACGUUUUGCUCUCUGAAUUGAGAUAAAAGAAGAAAAAACGCUCGAAUAUGUUCCCGAGAAAUCUCGCGUUUACAGAGCGGUCGGUAAACGUCGAGAGUGUAUCGGGAGCGCUUCGAUUUGCGAUUUGCGCCACUUUUGAAUGACGAAUGAUUCGUAUGAGAGUACACGUACGUAAAUGAAUGUUUUCUGUUUGCACGUGUCCUUUUUGCUGCAGUGACUGCAGUUUUUGAUGUGUUACGCGAUGGGGAGGGAAGUGAACGAGCGAGAAAGUCCGGCGCGACGUUAAUCUUUUCACUCCGAAGAAAGAGCGCGAUGCGGCGAACGUCGCGAGACAAUGUUGAGAAGAGAUACGAGAUUGCGAGUGGAAAAGUUGCAGAAGAGAAAACUAUCGGUGAACAAAAGGCACGUUGCUCAUCCCGAGUGUUUCGAAUUACGCGUAGGCUUAAGUAGUUUAAGAUUUUUUAUACGAAAGAGAUGGGAGAGAAGCGACAAGCAAGCUUUUUCAGACUUGCACUUCGUGAUUAUCCAAUCUGUUAUCGUCCGUUUGUUUCUUUUGACGCUUUCGUCGUUCUUUCCUUUCUUAGUGGAUUCGUUACCUCUUUAUUGUAUCACAUCGUUUCAUAUUCAUCACAUUUUAAGAUGUUUCGUGUUCUGAAGAACUUGCAAGCAGACUCAAAUCAUUACAUGAACUCUGUGUACCUCGAAGAACAGGUUUGAUAGAUUUCCUUCUUGCAUAAUAAGCAGUAGUAAGACAAGUGAGAACCAGUCGUAUUCUUUUGAUUCGAGAGACGAUUCUUCGAGAGUUUUUACCACGAGAGAAUGAUCGAUCCGUUGAGUGCGGAAAGAACGACCUGACGACGAUGGAUAAUCCUUGUAGCGUUCGAAAUGAGUUUGUGAAUAUGGACGAGUGCGAUUCGCGAUGGAACACCUAUGGUGGUGCGACUAAUUCCUUGCGUGAAAUUUUACAGGGUAAAAGUUUAGGAUGCAGUCGCGUAUAGUAAAGUCUUAUAUGUAAAGUUUAAUAUUUUAUUAAAUAUAUUCUGUGUUAAUCUCUUCUUAUAAAUUAUAAUGAUGUUUCAGCGAAGUGCUUUUUGAGUGUACACUCUCUCCACGAGUCUCAAAUUAUAAUUUUAUAUAUAUAUAUAAUAUAUAAAUAUAAAAAAUAUGUCGGCGUUUCUCUCGAAAUAUAUCGCGAGUCGCACUAGUCAUUGCUUUUCCGAUCGGAAAAGAUUACAUUUAUAUACAAGUGCAACAUGCACGUACGAAUUUUCAUAUAUGUACACACACGUACACACACAUAUACACAAAGCAUACUUACAUAUGUUUGCAAGGUGUAACUUAAUAUGUGGGAAUAUGUUAAAUUUUCUAGCAACUUUUGUCUGCUUAUCUUUAUACAAGGUGCUUACAUUGAUUAUCUUGCACCAUUAUCGAGAUUUCUGUACUCUUCCGACACUUUCAGGCGUUAUACCGAUUUGCUGAAAAACUUUCUACAUAGCGCAAAUUUAAAAAAAAAAAAAAAAAAAUGCCACUUGAACAUCGCUAAAACGUGUUUCAAAAGGCAUAUCUUUUGUUUGUGCUAUCUGAGUUGAUAAAUAAUUGAAUGAAAUAUGUUUUAGUGAGGACUUAGGUUCUUAUUCUGAAUUCCUUUUUAUCCAUAAAAACAAUUUAGAAUGCGGGCUCUGGUCUUUAGAAAGAAUUACUGAAACACAACGAUAGCGAGAACUUAUUAUAAUUUGGAAAUGAGGCUAAAUCGGAAAUGUCUAUAUAGAAUUUUAUUGUAUUGUUUUAAAAUGCUGGUUCAUAUAUCUAUAGUGUUUUCCACAUAUCAAAUUACAACCUGUGUGUGCGUGUGUGUGUGUGUGUGUAUGUAUGUAUGUAGAUUUCAGCAAGAAAUAUGUGGUGCAUAUAUGAGAGAAAGAAAGAGAGAGGAAAAGGAAAAAAAAUAUAUACGAGUAUAUAUCUA